AGUGAGGGGGAGGGAGGGAAAAGUCACACAGACUUUCCAUUGCCCCUCACACACGGGAUCUACACUGGGUUGCACCUCUCACACAUCCACUUUUGGGAACUUUCCCUACCUAUUACCUUAUUGUUUGUGGCUGCACUGCUGCCUGGAAGGGCUUGGCUUGCCUGGAUAGCACUUACCGGGAUUCCUAUGCACUGAACCUUGCGGGAUUCAUCACUGUGGGACUAUCAGGGGAUUGGUGAUUCACUCAGAGAGAAAAGAAAUCACAGAGAACUUACUCAUUCACCCUGCAAAGGGGAUUCUGCCUGUUCCCCUCUUUGGAACCUCACUGGCUUUGGCUGCUGCUGGUUACCGGGCUCUGAGUCGGGAUCGGGACUCGCUCACCCUGCGCUCGGAGGGAUACGUAUUUCUCAUUGGCUGAAACGGGACUUGGGAAUCUGUCCCCUGGGACACACGGAGUCUUGCCAGGCACACGCCUGAUGCAGGGCUGAGGGGAUUUUCUUACACCGCCAUCUCUCCAGGUCUCCCGGGCAGGGAGCGGGACCCGCAGUUCCUGGGACCUCCCAUUGAUACGUGCGGCUCAUGCUUGCGCACAGCUGGACAGAUGGGGAUGUCCUUAGUGUGGCGUUCGGGGAAAGCAGGAGGAGGCGGCCACGCUGACAGAAUGCUGGUACUCGUGCUACUUGGGUUGCUUCUGGUCAGCCGAACAAUAGCCCGGCCAUCUUACCACAUGGCGGAGGAUACCACUUCUGAACCCGAAGAACCUCCGGCCAAAUACCAAAUCUCCAAAGCUGAUGUCUUUCCUGUUCUGCCUGGUGAGCCACUUGAUCUUCGCUGCCCAUUGGCCGAUGGCCCCCCUGUGACUUGGAAUAAAGAUGGGGCAAAGUUAGAGGUCAACAAUAGGACGUUGAUUGUCAGGAACUACUUGCAGAUUAAGGAGACCACCCCCAGGGACUCAGGGCUCUAUUCCUGUUCAGUGUUAAAAAACUCACAUUUCUUCCAUGUCAAUGUCACAGAAGCCAGUUCUUCCGGGGAUGAUGAAGAUGAUAACGACGGUUCUGAAGACUUCACCAACGACAAUAACAAUAUAAGAGCUCCCUACUGGACCAACACAGAGAAGAUGGAGAAGAAGCUUCACGCCGUUCCUGCAGCGAAUACGGUAAAGUUACGCUGCCCGGCAGGAGGGAAUCCCACCCCUCGAAUGAGGUGGUUAAAGAAUGGAAAGGAGUUCAAACAGGAGCAUCGGAUUGGGGGAUACAAGGUCCGUAACCAGCACUGGAGCCUGAUCAUGGAAAGUGUUGUCCCAUCAGACAAGGGCAUCUACACGUGUAUUGUGGAAAAUGAACACGGCUCCAUUAACCAUACUUACCACUUGGAUGUCAUUGAACGUUCCUCGCACAGACCCAUACUGCAGGCCGGGCUUCCGGCGAACACCACAGCCAUGGUGGGAGGGGACGCAGAGUUUGUCUGCAAGGUGUACAGUGAUGCCCAGCCCCACAUCCGCUGGGUGAGAUACAUUGAGAAGAAUGGAAGCCGAUUUGGCGUCGACGGCUUACCUUAUAUCAAGGUUUUAAAGGCGGCUGGAGUUAACGUUACGGACGAAGAGAUAGAAGUCUUGUAUGUCAGGAAUGUUUCUUUUGAGGAUGCUGGGGAAUAUACUUGUAUAGCUGGAAAUUCUAUUGGGAUUUCUCAACAUUCUGCCUGGUUGACGGUUCAUCCAGCUACUGUCAGUCCAGGGGAAGACAACCCCGUCCCCUAUUACAUGGAGAUUGGUAUCUACUCUGCCGGUAUCUUUAUAAUCUUCUGUAUGGUGGUGAUCUGCGUGGUGUGCCGUAUGCGCCAAGGAGCCAAGAAGAAAAAGAACUUCACUGGGCCGCCGGUGCACAAACUCACCAAACGGAUACCGCUCCAUCGCCAGGUAACAGUUUCGGCUGAUUCCAGCUCAUCCAUGAACUCAACCACUCCUCUGGUGAGGAUCACAACGCGACUCCUGUCCAGUACCGACGCCAUGCCCUUACCGAAUGUGUCUGAAUAUGAACUGCCACAUGACCCUCUCUGGGAGUUCUCGAGAGACAAGCUGACGCUGGGCAAGCCACUUGGCGAGGGGUGCUUUGGGCAAGUGGUGAUGGCCGAGGCUCUUGGGAUUGAUAAAGACCGUCCCAAGGAGUCUGUGACAGUAGCGGUGAAGAUGCUGAAAGAUGAUGCUACGGAGAAAGACCUGGCAGAUUUGGUAUCAGAAAUGGAGAUGAUGAAAAUUAUUGGAAAGCAUAAAAACAUCAUUAACUUACUAGGAGCCUGCACGCAGGGAGGAACACUGUAUGUCAUUGUUGAAUAUGCUGCUAAGGGGAACCUGCGACAGUACCUCAGGGCCAGGCGCCCUCUCGAGAUGGAGUACUCGUUCGAUGUUACUAGGGUUCCCGAUGAGCAGAUGACCUUCAAAGACUUGGUAUCCUGCACUUAUCAAAUAGCAAGAGGCAUGGAAUACCUGGCAUCCCAAAAGUGUAUACACCGGGAUUUGGCAGCCAGGAACGUGCUGGUCACUGAAAACAAUGUUAUGAAGAUUGCAGAUUUUGGUCUGGCGCGAGAUGUCAAUAACAUUGAUUAUUAUAAAAAGACAACAAAUGGCCGACUUCCUGUCAAAUGGAUGGCACCGGAAGCUUUAUUCGACAGGGUUUACACUCAUCAGAGUGAUGUAUGGUCAUUUGGUGUAUUAAUGUGGGAGAUCUUUACCCUGGGGGGAUCUCCGUACCCCGGAAUUCCUGUAGAGGAACUAUUUAAGCUGCUGAAAGAGGGACACCGGAUGGACAAGCCAGGAAACUGCACCAAUGAACUGUACAUGAUGAUGCGGGAUUGUUGGCACGCCAUUCCCUCUCACAGACCCACCUUCAAGCAACUGGUGGAAGAUCUGGACCGAAUUCUCACACUUACAACCAAUGAGGAAUACCUCGACUUGAGCGCCCCCCUGGAGCAGUAUUCUCCCAGCUUCCCCGAUUCUUCCUGCUCCGCCUCCUCCUCCUCCGGCGACGACUCAGUGUUUUCUCCCGACCCCAUGCCUCACGACCCCUGCCUCCCCAAGUUCCCACACGUUAAUGGGGUGGUAAAGACAUGAAGCCGAUUGCGUUCUGCAGCUCCCCUAUUAAGACUGCAUGUCUCGCCGACAGAUUCUGCAGAACGCUGAGGAAUGUGGACAUUCCAGUUGACAGAGGACAACAAAAAAAAAGGACAACGUUCUGCAAAUUCCGUUGUACUCAGGUUUCCCCAAUGGGGGUUCAUCAAAUGGCGGUACAACAGCGAAGUGCGCCGAUGGCGUAGCACAGAGACAGUAUGGAGGAUGCGCCAAGCCGGGAUUUGUAACCACAGUUACAUUCUCCGUCUCAUCGGGAUCAUUCACUUGGACUCAAGGCAAAACAAAACUUUUUUGCCUUCCUUGUUAAUUUUGUAAUAUUUUGAGAAAAUAUAUUCCAGCACCUCUAAUCCCUUCACCAGAGCACAUACACAGCAUUGUCGCUGCUGGAUAUAAAUGUAAAUAUAUUCCAAAUAUGUAUAAAUAUAUAUUAUAUAUUUACAAUGAAUUAUUUUUUGUAUUGAUUCUAAAAAAAAAAAAAACAACACAAAAAACUUGCUGUUAGGGCUUAGGGCAAGUCACCUAAGUGGGGGGGGUAACUGCAAAUUCUGUUAUUUUAUAUAUAUAUAUAUGCACCCUACACUGACAGAAAUACUUAUUUCUUAUUAAAACUAACCCAGAUUUAAUUUAUUAGCACGUGGGAAACACAGAAGCCCCCGGGGGACCCCGUUGUCGUGUACAAACAGGACUGGCGGAUGAAUCCGAAAAAUGUUUUAGGCCAGUGGUUGUAGUUAACUUAAAUUAAAAAAAAUUCACUUAUAUUUUGCCUUGAAAUCACAAAAGACAAGCUACAGAGAGCAGAUUGUAUAGAGCUUUUAUGGUAUUUAUGCUGUAAUAUAGAAAAGGAACAAUUUUUUUUUUUUUUCAUGAAAAAAAACUAUUCUACUGGCCUUCUCCCUGAAGUUGGAUGUGGAAGUCUGUACAAUGUAUACUAAGAAAUGGGAAGCAACGUCUGUAAAUAAAACCUUGCUGCUGUGGAAUGUCUA